UCUCCCCCAUAUCUUCAUAUUAAAGCUGGGAAUGGUUGACUUUCGAAUUAAAAUAAUAGCGCAUAAUGGCAGUACUCCUUCCCAUUUCUUCUUUUAUAAUCUUAUCUACUUAAAAUGCUUACCUGCAAGUGAGGAAAAGGUACCCACGGGACCAAACAAAAGGACAUUAAAAGGUCUUCAAUUAAAAUAUAUAUAAACAUAGUUACACGGUGUAUUUUUCAGACAAAAGGGUGUCGGUUGACACCUCAUGUGGCUCUGCCACUGCAACCAUAUAUAGAUGUCACAAAUCAAAUGUAGGUAGAAUCAACAUAGAAAGAGCACAACUAGACUAAAUGGAUAGCUGGUUGGUCAUUAUCAUCACUCUAUGUAUCUCUUUCUGCCUCAUAUUUCUCUUUAAUAUUUUCUUCUCCAAUUCCAAAAGCAAGAAGAAACUCCCACCUGGACCCUUUACUUUUCCAAUAAUUGGAAGCUUACCAUUGCUGAGAAAUAAAACCUUAGCUGAUAUUGAACUUAUGCUUCAGAAAUUAAAGUCAAAAUAUGGUCCUAUAAUUACACUCAGAAUAGGUACUUCGUUUUCCAUAUUCAUUAGCAGUCAUUCUUUAGCCUACCAAGCUUUAAUUCAACAAGGUGCUCUUUGCUCCGACCGUCCAAUUGCUUUACCGACUAAUUAUGUUUUAAGCAGCCAUGACCGAACCAUAAACACCGCCUCAUGUGGCCCCACAUGGCGGCUCCUCCGUCGAAACCUUAGAUUGGAAAUGCUCCAUCCCUCUCUUGUCAAGUCCCAGUCCAAGCCCCGAGCGUGGGCGCUAAGUGUCCUCAUUCAUUGGCUACUUGAUAAAUCUAAUUCGACUACAGAAGUGAUGGUACUUGAUCAUAUUAAGCAUGCCAUCUAUUCUCUUCUUGUUUUCAUGUGCUUCGGAGACAAGCUGGACGAGGCUCAAAUCAAGCAGAUCACAAAUUUACAACAUCAAGCACUUUUAGCUACGAUCCAAUUUAAAAUACUUAAUAUUUUUCCCAGAGUUGGAAAAAUAAUUUUCAGAAAUUGCUGGAAAGAGCUAAUUACUUUACGAAAAGAGAUAGAUAGCAUGUUCAUAUUGUUAGGCGUUUGCCAUAAUUUUCUUGUCAUAUUUGGUUUUCCUAUACCUCUAAUACAAGCUCGAGUAAAAUACAUAGAAGAAAAAGGUAAAGCUGGAUUUCAUCAAAAAGAAGAGCAGAUGGUAGUUUAUGUGGAUACGCUGCUAAAUUUAGAAUUACCAGAGGAAAAGAGGAAGCUCAUUUAUGAAGAGAUAGUCGGUCUAUGCGGUGAGUUCCUUGGUGCAGCCAGCGAUACAACGUCCACCUCCUUGUACGUCUUACCCCUACCCCGAGGGGUAGAGAGGCUGUUUCUUGUAGACUCUCGGCUUAAGAAGACGAAAAGAGAGACAAUAUACUAGUACUAAAAUAAUAAAAAUAAUGACGGCAACGUAAGACCAGAGAAUAAAUGAAAAGCACUAAACAACAACCAGAAGAACCCUGACUGGCAAAAUAAAAAAUCCCUAUUAAUUUUGUUCUAAAGUAGUUCAGAAUUGACAAUAUGUGUUAAUUGAGUAAGCAUCAUGCUAAUACAAGGAGAAUUUUAGUUUCUAUAAAUUUCAUGUCAUUACGCAAAAACAGAAAAAUUAACCAAAUGAACACAAAGAUAGCCAUUUUGUUAUUCGACCACAAGUUGCAGUGCAGUUAUUUCAUUGUUCAAUCCGAAGAUCAGCACUUAUCUAGGACUGAUGCGAGCUCUCAGUGGAUUCAAAUUUUUCAGUUAGAUCAACGUCGUCUCUAUCCAUAGGUUUCCAUUCGAAAUGCCAAAUCAAAUUAGCUGCAAAUGGAGCAGGCGAAACCAUAGCCUGGACAUGUUCUCCUCCCAACACCAAAUGGCAUCAUCUUAAUCUCUCUGCUCCCUAUUAUAUUCAAACUACUCUUCACUAUCUCCAUUCACAAAAAAUCUCUCUGGCUUAAAUUAAAUACCAUUGGAUCAUCCCAUACAUUUGGGUCCAAACCCAUUUCUCCCACCAAGAAAUUAAUAGUGGCAUUUUUGUGAAUUGAAGGGUAUGGUGGCCAAUGAUAAUAGUGGCUAUCUCUUCAUAAUCCAGCUUCCUCUUUUCUUCUGGUAAUUCCAAAUUUCACCAGCGUAUCAAUAUAAGUGAUCGCCUCAUCAGCCUUAACCCUUUCUUCUAAUUUGUAUUUUAUUCGAUCUUGGAUCAAAGAGAUAAAGACCCCAUUGAACUCUUUUCGUAGAUCACUUAGCUCUUUCCAUAGAUUUCUCAAUAUUAUUUUUCCUAAUCUUGGGAAAAUCUCAAGUAUUUCGAAUCUAUGAUAACCAAUUACAAGUGUUCGAUGUUGUACGUGUUCAGUUUCCCUAAUUUGACCCUCAUCAAGCUUUACCCUGAAGCACAUCACGACAAGAAGACAAAGAUGGCAUACUUAAAAUGAUCAAGUAAUUAACAUCACUUCAGUGGCAGAAUCAGAAUGAGUUAGAAGGAGCCUUUGAACGAGGAUAUAUGUAUGAAAAAUGAUAUUUUCUUUAAUAAAUUAAACUUUUAUAUUAGGCGGUCAUAAGAUUUAACAUGGUAUGAUAGUAGGGUUCAAAUCUUCUCGCCAUCCUAACAAAUUAAAAUUGUGCUAGCUCUCUCUGUAAUAGCUUAAAUUUUUAGAUAAUAUGAUCACAGAAUUAAACCAUACCUAGUGCCACGCACGGUUGUUGGAGUGGGACCUGAUACGAGAAGGAUGGAACAUUUGUGAGAGGAGGUUUCGACGAAGGAGCCGCCAUGUGGGGCCAUAAGAGGCGGAGCUGAUAGUCCUUUGGUUGCAGUUCAAUAUUUUGGUGGUCGUCGUAGCGAUUAGCCUAUCGGAGCAAAUGGCACCUUGUUGAACUAUAACAUGGUUGGCUAAUGAAUUCCUGCUAAUGAAUAUUAAUGGAGAAGACCCCAUUUUUAUGGAGAUUAUAGGACCGAAUUUGUGUUUUAUGUCUCGAACAAUGACUUCGAUAUCGUGUGCAGUUUUUCCCAGCCAUGGUAAGAUCUCACUUGAACGGGAGCAUUGGCAUAACCGGUAAAGUUAUUGUCAAUUGACCAGGAGGUCACGGGUUCGAACAGUAGAAACAAUCUCUAGCAGCAGUGGUGAAGCCAGUAAUUUUCUCAAGGGUCUUCAAACUUGAAAUAAGUAAAAAAAUAAUUCGACAAAUGGUGUUCAACACAUGUUAUGUACCUCUAAAAUCUAAUGUUUUACCUAUAUAAGCAGUGUAAUUUUCCGACAAAGGGUGGUCAGUUGACCACCCUAACCCAAGUGUGCCUUCGCCCCUGUCUAACAGGAUGCAAGGUAAGAUUGCGUACAAUAGGCCCUUAUGAUCCGGUCCUUCCCCGAAUUUUGCGCAUAGCAAAAAUUUAGUGCAUCGGGCUACUUUUUUUUUUCUUAAUGGUAAAAUCCCAAUUAUUGGGAAGAUGAAGGGACCGGGUGGAAGUUUUUUGUUUUUAUGGAACAAAAUAUUAAAGACAAAUAUGAGGAAGAAUGAGAUAUAGAAAGUGAAAAUAAUGACGAACCAACUUUCCAUUAAGUAAUGUGCCUUGCUCAGAUUGUCUUCAAUAUUCUGCACUACAAUUAUGUACAUGCAGUCAGAUGCAAGAAGAG